CGCGGGUGGGGAGAGAGCAUUAUUAUAAUGAUAUAAAUACGGAGGUCGCGCGUUUACUUAAUUUUAAUACACCGAGGAGGAAGGAACACUGUGACAUUUUCGUUAGAAUAAACAAACCCAUCGGAACAAGGAACGAUUUAAGAAACUCCUUAAUCGGACCGCUGCCACUAGGAUUAAUAGAAUGGUAAUUAGAGUUUACAUCGCCUCUUCCUCUGGUUCUGUUGUGAUCAAAAAGAGGCAGCAAGCAAUUGUAGGAUUUCUGGAGGCCAACCGGAUUGUGUUUGAAGAGGUGGACAUCACUAUGCUGGAGGACCAAAGGCUGUGGAUGUACCGGAACAUUCCUGAGGGCAAGCGGCCAGAGAAGGGGAAUCCCCUCCCCCCUCAGAUAUUUAAUGGAGAGCAGUACUGUGGGGAUUAUGAGGAUUUCUUUCAGGCGAAGGAAAACAACACUGUGUUUUCAUUCCUAGGACUAAGCGCCCAGCCUUCAGUCAAGCAAUCGGAAUCAUAGGUGUGUCAAAUUCUGAGGUCUUGCACACUCCCCGAAGCACUCGGCAUUCCCGCAUUACAUCACUUCCUCUUCCUGACACGUCACAGAGCCACUGCUGCUUUGCCAAAUGUCACUGCAUCACUCCCCACCGUUGGAGGCCAAAGGAAUGCAGAAGUUUGCCGGCAGCGAUGGACUUUUUAUAGACAACUUUUGAUACUUACAUAUGUAGCAGGACCACGCUUUCGGCCGAUAGUUUGAACCCUUCGAUGCUCUUGAACCAUGCCUGUUGUAAGAUCUUGGGUUGAUGAAGGUUGUGCCCGUUUGGAAUGGCUGCAGUUUACAAUGAGCUGCAUUUUGGUAAUGUGGGGCUAGUAGCCUACAGGGGGGUAAAGCAGAGAUAACCUGCAGAACAUUUCCUCACUGUUCCCAUGUUAUCUGUUUAAACAGAUUAUCCAAAUAAAUACACCACGUUAAAUUGUGUCCAUGCAGUGGUGUAAAAUACCUGUUAUAAUUUUUUUUAGUCACAUUAAUUUUCACCUUCCUGUUUUGUCUAUUUAGUGUCUUGCUUUGAUGUUAUUCAUGUCAACCUCAGGCCAAAACAACCGUCAUUGCUGUGGAACAGGGAAUUUAUGAGAAAUCUUCCAGUAUUACCCUCCUCUUCUUGCAGUGGAUCACUGUGCUGUCAGCUCCCAGAUGCCUUCUGAGCAGAGUUUAAUGAAAAGGGAAUAUCUUCAAUAUCUUAUUUCCUAUUUUCAGUUAUGAGUAUGUGCUGUUUGUUUACCCAACUGCAAUUCUGGAGCUCAGUCCCUUAUGGAAAGGUAAAAAUGUCAGCUGUCUGUAGCAAGAUGUUUCACAAUGCAGUCAUCUCUUUUUUUAAAUGCAAUCCUAAGAAACCUCAACCCUAGCAGGGAUAGAAGGGCAAUGUUUGAUCAGAUAUAGGUUAAAGUUGAUGCAGUGGCCUACAGGAUGGUUCUUUCAAGGGGAGAUUAAUAUGUAGCUCUUCCUAAAAUCUAACAGGUGAAAUGAAACAGAAAUAUUCUAAAUAUACAUAUAAAAGAAUACAGUUUUCUUAAUAAAUAAAGUACUCUGCAUACUGUAUACAAGUUAAAUAACACUGGAUAAAGGAUGACCCCUAAAAGGUUUCUCAUAUACUUUAUGUGUUAGUUCAAAGGAGUUCUCCAAAGGAGGUAUGGUUGCCAAACCAUGGUUUUAUAAGGUGUUUUUAUUCAGCAUAUACUGUACAAUGUGUUGUUGAUUGAGGGAUUACAAGUUGCUUCAUAUAUUUUCUUCGAAAAGGAGAAUCACAUGCUGUCUGACAGUGAUGUGUAUACACAUGACAAAGUACGCCAUGAAUGCCAUCAAAACAUUAGAUUAAUUCAACUGACAGACUUCCUUUGUGCUUCCAUUUAUAUUGUCUGUCCCUCUUAUUAAACUGUUAUGGAUGGAUGGAUGGAUAAUCUUUUAAUGUUCACACAUGACAAACGCAGUCCCUCUCCUGCUUACCAUUUUAAAACAAGAGGUCACAGUCAGUACAUGCACAUGGUUGCCUAGUAAUUCCACUCACUACACAGAAGAUUGACUUCGCUCUUCUCAAGCUCAUUUUUUUGUUGAAAUUUAUCAUUGAAAAAGACAAUAUAAAGCUUUUUACAAAAAUAUGUGUGGCCUACAAAUUGAACUUUCAUAAAUGCAUUUGAGGCAGUUUAUCAUUUCUGUUUGGAUAUGCAUUUGUUUUUAAGUGUAAAUCUGAUGUAUUCCUUAUUCCUCAUAAUUCUGACCAUGUUUUUUCAACCUUUUUAUCGUCUGCUGUGACUUCAUGCUGUCCUUUUACAAAGGAACACAGCUGUUGCGCAUCAAGCUCCUUGCUCAUGUCACUGCUGCACAGAGCAAAUUUCACAUGUGGAUGCGUAUACCAUAGCUUCCUCGGCACUGCACUUGAUGACUAUCACUAGCCAUUGGUACAUUUCGGCAACACGUGGUAAUGUAGAGUUGAGAAAACAAAUCAUAGUGUGAGUCAAACAUUUGUGUUGAUUUUGGAUAUUUACACAUGUACAAUAUGUAGGUCAGAGUGUUGAUGAGUGUACUGUAGAUGGGAGAGGACCAAAAAGCCCAAUGGCAUGCAUAUGGGUUAUGGGUUAUGGGCGUUAUGGGUGAAAGAGGGGUGAAAAAGUGGGGACCUGUCCUUCGAACCUCAGUGCGCUUUCCCCUUAGCUGUAAGUUAUUUUAGCAAGUGUCAUUUUGCUUUCAAGCUGUAUACAAUAUCCUGAAAAUGGCAAUUACUGAAAUUAGUAAUAAAAAUGUAAUAAGUAAGCAAACAAUAUACAAACAUGUCUAAAUUCCUUAAAAGUUAAAGACAAAGGGGCGUUGCAUUUAGACUGAAUAGAGCCUCUAUGUACAACACAACACAACACAACACAACACAACACAGUAUCAGUGUGGGAUAGAGUCUUUCACCCAAUAUAGGUUCUGAUACCAGCCAUGAUGUACAGUGAGACCGACAGCUUGUAUUGGUGUAUAGACUGUGCUUUGAUUGGUUUUGGGAUGUUGCAGUAAAUGGAGACAAUAUUACUUACAUUUUCGAGUUUGCCAUCAUCAGUCUUGUGUAGACUAUGGCUGUUGAAGCUAUGAGUGCCACUGCAUGAGAACCAUACCGCUCUUAAGGUGGUUAAUACAGACGUAAUGAACCAUGUAGCUGUAAAUGGCAGCAGUUAUUGCAUAUCAUAACAAGUGAUUCGACCAGCAAAUCUCUUACUCACAGGCUUUAAAAAUGUCAACACUGAACCAUCCAAUAAAGAAAUAAAAUCUGUCUCUUCCACAAAACCAAAGACCACAGUUAGCCUGCACAGUGUAUUGUC